AUGGUAAGCCUGCAAACGGUGUUUCAGAAAGCAACCGUUGACGUCCGCAGGGGCAUAUGGAACGUUCCCUUCAUCGCCAACUGCUACCUGGUCAACAUAGAGCUGUUCCGCAAACCCUCGGGCAAGGCCGUGACCUUCUCCAAGGACGAGGUCGACCCCGACAUGGCCUUCUGCAACAGCUUAAGAGAAGCGGGCGUGAUGAUGUACGUGAGCAACGAGCAGGACCUCGGCCACCUGGUCAACCCGGAGACCUACGACACCACCAAGACCAACCCGGACAUCUAUCAGGUCAUUGAGAACAAGAUCGAGUGGGAGCAGCGCUACCUACACCCGGAGUACGCGAGCAGCCUGGACUAUUCUAGGGCCCACAAAAUGCCCUGCCCCGACGUGUACUGGUUCCCGUUGAUGUCGAUGCGCUUCUGCAAGGAGUGGAUCGAGGUGAUGGAGGCGUACGGCAAGUGGAGUGACGGAUCGAACAACGACAAACGUCUGGAGAGCGGCUACGAGGCGGUUCCCACCAGGGACAUCCACAUGAACCAGGUGGGGCUGGAACGUCAAUGGCUGCACAUCCUCAAGGAGUACGUCCGCCCGCUGCAGGAAAUGGUCUUCACGGGCUACUUCCAUAACCCGCCGGUGUCCAUAAUGAACUUCGUGGUGCGCUACCGUCCCGACGAGCAGCCAUCCCUCAGGCCCCACCACGACUCGUCCACUUACACCAUCAACCUGGCCCUCAACACGCCCAACGUCGACUACACCGGCGGCGGCUGCCACUUCAUCCGCUACAACUGCUCGGUGCGCGACACCCGCCCCGGAUGGGUUCUGAUGCACCCCGGCCGGCUGACGCACUACCACGAGGGGCUGAAGGUGACCAGCGGCACCCGGUACAUCAUGAUCUCCUUCGUGGACCCA